AUGUCACCGUCACCGGCUGUUUUCCCAGUCACAUUUGCUUUGCAGAUCGAAGUCAGCCUGGAGCCGCUCAUCGCGGCGCGCCAAUGGGAGGUGCGCCAAAUCAGGCACGAACCUCACGUCACGUCCCAAUCAAUCCCGAGUCCCAACAACACUGGCGGCUCCGGUUCGAUUCUUCCCGCAUUGCCAACAGAAUCUCGUUCUUCUCCGCUCUUCAUCACCAACGCGUGGCACCGUGACCAUUUCGCAGCAGAAGCAUCAACAUUGCGCCGCGUUGCGUCGUCUCUUUUCCGUCGGCGACUCAGAUCCGAGGGUUUCGGCAUUCUACCGCAGGUCUUCGCGCACGAAAUCCCAAGCAGCAAGGGCGCUCGUUACAUUCACCGAACCGCUUUCAGAACGCUCGCCCGAGGGGGGAUGGAACAGGCCAAGGGGGUAAACACCACCGCGCCUCCCCGCCACCCGCGCCAUGGGGCGAAUGGGACGGUAGCGGCAGGGAACCGAACGAAGGGUGGGCAUCCGAACAAGAGGCACCAUCGGGGGAACGACACUGCUGCAGGGGGACCGAAGAGGGGGAACGGCACUGCUGCAGGGGGGCCAAAGAGGGGGAACGGCACUGCGAAUGGAAAUGCACCGAAGAAUGGCGGUGGCGGCGCCGCCAAUAAGCCGCGUCGACCGAAGAAAAUUGCUGAGGAGACCUGUAGCAGCAAGACCUCUUGGCCAGAGGUGGUUGGCAUGACGGGCGAAAAGGCUCGCAACUACAUCUUGUCAUCAAUGCCAGAGUGUAAAUGGGACGUGAAAGUUAUCCCGUAUGGACGUCCUGUGACGAAGGAUUAUCGCACUGACCGCGUUCGAGUUUUCAUUGAUAGGGAGGAUAUCGUUCGCGUUGCCCCCAGUAUUGGCUAA